AUGGCUAAAGCUACUUUACAGCCCUGGAAUGGACACCCCGUCUACCGUCCCGUGUUCGGGGGAACCCCCGUCCACGUCUGCCGUCCCAUGGUCAGCGGAACUCCCGUGUUCCCGUCCCUGUCUACCGUUCCGUGUUUGGGGGAACUCCCAUGUUCCCGUCUACCGUCCCGUGUUCGGGGGAAGUCCCGUGUUCGGGGGAAGUCCCGUGUUCCCGUCCCCGUCUCCCGUCCCGUGUUUGGGGGAACUCCCAUGUUCCCGUCUACGGUCCCGUGUUGGGGGGAACUCCCGUGUUCCUGUCCCCGUCUACCGUCUGGCGUUCAGGGGAACAUCCGUGGGAACAUCCGUGUUCCCGUCUACCUUCCCGUGUUUGGGGGAACUCCCGUGUUCCAGUCUACCGUCCUGUGUUCGGGGGAACUCCAGCGUUGCCGUCUACCGUCCCGUGUUCAGUGGAACUCCCGUUUUCCCGUCUACCGUCCCGUGUUCGGGGGAACUCCCGUGUUCCCGAACACCCGUUUUCCGGUCUACCGUCCCGUGUUCAGGGGAACUCCCAUGUUCCCGUCUACCGUCCCGUGUUCCCCUCUACCGUCCUGUGUUCGGGGGAACUCCCGUGUUCCCGUCCCCGUGAACCGUCUGGUGUUUGGGGAAACUCCCGUGUUCCCGUCCAUGUAUACCGUACCGUGUUCGGGGGAACUCCCGUUUUCCUGUCCCCGUCUACCGUCCUGUAUUCGGGGGCACUCCCUGUUCGGGGGAACUCCCGUUUUCCCGUCUACCGUGCCGUGUUUGGGGAAACUCCCGUGUUUCCGUCCAUGUAUACUGUCCCAUGUUCGGGGGAACUCCUGUGUUCCCAUCUACCAUCCCGUGUUCAGGGGAACUCCCGUGUUCCCGUCUACCGUCCCAUGUUUAGGGGAAUUCUCGUGUUCCCCUCUACCGUCCCGUGUUCACAGGAACUCCCGUGUUCCUGUCCCCGUCUACCGUCCGGUGUUCAGGGGAACUCCCGUGUUCCUGUCUACCGUCCCAUGUUCAGGAGAACUCCCGUGUUGCCGUCUACCGUCCCAUGUUCGGGGGAACUCUCGUGUUCCCCUCUACCGUCCCGUGUUCGGGGGAACUCCUGUGUUCCUCUCUACCGUCCCGUGUUCUGGGGAACUCCCGUGUUCCCGUCUACCGUCCGGUGUUCAGGGGAACUCCCGUGUUCCCGUCUACCGUCCCGUGUUCGGGGAGAAUUCCCGUGUUCCCGUCUACCAUCCCGUGUUUGUGGGAACUUCCGUGUUCCCGUCUACCUUCCCGUUUUCGGGGGAACUCCCAUGUUCCCCUCUACCGUCCCGUGUUCGCAGGAACUCCCGUGUUCCCAUCCCUGUCUACCGUCCGGUGUUCAGGGGAAUUCUCGUGUUCCCCUCUACCGUCCCGUGUUCGCAGGAACUCCCGUGUUCCUGUCCCCGUCUACCGUCCGGUGUUCAGGGGAACAUCCGUGUUCCUGUCCCCGUCUACCGUCCCGUGUUCGGGGGAACUCCCGUUUUCCUGUCCCCGUCUACCGUCCCGUGUUCGGGAGAACUCCCGUGUUCCCGUCUACCGUGCCGUGUUCGGGGGAACUCCCGUGUUCCAGUCCCCGUCUCCCGUCCCGUGUUCUGGGGAACUCUCGUGUUCCCGUCUGCCACGCCAUGUUCGGUGGAACUCCCGUGUUCCCGUCCCUUCUACCGUCCAAUGUUCGGGGGAACUCCCAUGUUCCCGUCCCCAUCUCGUGUCCCGUAUUCGGGGGAACUCUCGUGUUCCUGUCCCUGUCUCCCAUCCCGUGUUCGUGGGAACUUCCGUGUUCCUGUCUACCGUCCCGUGUUCGGGUCCCCGUCUACCGUCCCGUGUUUGGGGGACCUCCCGUGUUCCCGUCUACCGUUCAAUGUUCGGGGGAACUCCUGUGUUCCCGUCUACCAUCCCGUAUUCGGGAGAACUCCCGUGUUCCCGUCCCCGUGUCCCAUCCUGUGUUCGGGGCAACUGCCGUGUUCCCGUCCCUGUCUCGUGUCCCGUGUUCGGAGGAACUCCCGUUUUCCCGUCUCCCGUCCCGUGUUCGGAGGAACUCCCAUGUUCCCGUCUACCAUCCCGUGUUCGGGGGAACUCCCAUGUUCCCGUCCCCGUCUCUUGUCUCGUGUUCGGGGGAACUCUCGUGUUCCCGUCUACCGUCCUGUGUUCGGAGGAACUCCCAUGUUCCUGUCCCCAUCUACCAUGCCGUGUUCAGGGGAACUCCCGUGUUCCCGUCCCGUCUACCGUCCCGUGUUCGGGGCAACUCCCGUGUUCCCGUCGCCGUCUACCAUCCCGUGUUUGGGGGUACUCCCGUGUUCCCGUCCCCGUCUCCUGUCCCAUGUUCGGGGGAACUCUCGUGUUCCCAUCCCCGUCUACCGUGACGUGUUCGGGGGAUUUCCCGUGUUCCUGUCCCCGUCUACCGUCCCGUGUUCAGGGGAACUCCCGUGUUCCCAUCGCCGUCUACCAUCCCGUGUUUGGGGGAACUCCCGUGUUCCCGUCCCUGCUCCUGUCCCAUUUUCGGGGGAACUCUCGUGUUCCCGUCUACCGUCCCAUGUUCUGGGGAACUCCCGUGUUCCUGUCCCCGUCUCCCGUCCCGUGUUCGUCAGAACUCAAGUCCAGUGCCCUAACUUCUACGUCACUCUACCUCCCAAAUUUAACAAGGACGAGUGUGAAGUCUUACAUGUGCUUUGA